AUGGUGGCGACAGUGGCGGUGGCGGUGGCCACUCCCCUUCCUCUACCGCAACAAAAUGAUGUCAUCAUGCAUUCCGUUCAACCGGAAAUGGUCAAUGAUUUCACGCAUCUUCAAUCGAUUGAGAACAAUGACACCCAAGCGAUGAACUUAUCCGGAAUUGAUUUGGCGCCACUCUCGCCAAACUCGCAGGCCACCAAUUUGGCGGCUGAAAAAGCAAAACUUCAUCAACAGGCGCUAAUGCUAGAGAAAUGGCUAAUCCACAAUGAGAACAAUCUCUACCCAACGAGAGAGCAAAAGGAGAAAAUGGCUACGGAAAUGAAAAUGACGUAUAUACAGGUGAAUCGUUGGUUCGCGAAUCGACGCCGCAAACAAAGCAAACGCAUCAAGCUGAUCAAUCAACAACAGCAGAACAGUGGGAGGAUUUCCGCCGAGAGGCCACAGAACACCGUGGUCACCGCUGCGCCGGAGCUGGAGAAAACGUUGACAAGCCAGGAGAAUGUGCAACUCGCCGACGAUCUCAUUCAAUCGUUUGCAAAAGUGAUCGCCAACUCGCCGGCAACAAACACAUCGACGCCAACGACGAUAAACGGCGGAUUGAGUUCAAUUGCCACAAGCGAUCAACUCAAUCAAUCACCAAUCCAUUCGACGCAAAUCAACAAUCAGAAUAGCCCGCAAAGUGAGCAAAAAAUGAUGGACAGACAGCAAACGGCAACCCCACCAGCCAUCGAGGAUCCCAAUCACGCCCUACUUCAACAGCUGCUGGCAAUGGUCGCGCUGCACCAGCAACUCGACCCGAAAAUCGCGGCCACCACGACGAAUCCGCUGUUGGCGCUGUGCAAUCCGCAAUACGCUCAUCUUAUCCCCUUGCUGCAGCAAUUACAAGUGCAACAACAAAUGCAGCAGCAGCUCGCCGCUCAGCAACUCCAGCAAACACUGCUCCGACAGCAUCAAGCGAGCAUGGCCGCCCCGCAAAUUUCCACAAAUCAUUCAAUUGUCUCCCAGUCGCAGACGCAAUUUUCGCAGGUUGGCCAAACGACGAUUCCCCAGCCCACGCCGCCCACUCUGUGGAGUCCACCGGUGACCGCAUCCCCGCCCGAGUCGGUGUCUGAGCUCUCGGAGCUGUCGCCCCGACCUGGCUCUCCCCCCUUCAAGGAUCCACACCAGUUGGCUGAUCCGCAACUGCUGCGAAUCUUGAACAACCACACCGAGCUCACCGAGAAGGAGCACAUCGCGGUGACGGUUUUGGCAGGAAUGUGCAACAUGCGG